UAGAGGCAAAGAAGUGGAUUCUAGGACGCUUCAACUUAACGUUGUGGGGGUUUUGAACUUGACUAGAGGCAAAGAAGUGGAUUCAGCUGUCAACACCGGUAGCUUGCUUUAUUCCGUUGCCCGCCCAUGGGUAUAUAAAGGCCAAGCCCGGAUUGCAAAUGGAAGCACCACAAGCCCUCCUCUCCUCCUUCCCCAACCCCCAGAUUUCUGCCUUGACUUCCUGCAGCAGCAGCAGCUUCUUCUUGCCAUGGCCAGCAAGUUGACGCCGGUGCAGGGUCCACUCAACAGAAAUGAUCCCCAACUCAUCCGAAACGAUCCCCAGCUCACCAGGGGUGACCAGCAACUCAUCAGGACUGAUCCCCAGAUGAUCAGACCCGAUCCCCAACUAAUCCGAAACGAUCCCCUGCUCACCAGGAGGGACCCGCAACUCAUCAGGACAGAUCCUCAGAUGAUGAGAGCCGAUCCGCAGCCGAUGAUCAGAGCUAAUCCGCAACAGCAGCUUGGAUGGAAUGCCCCACAAAUGGUCGACCCUAGCAAGUACAUGCCGGCCGCUGCGGCUUCGGCCCAGCAACUGGCGAUGAGAGGUACCGGUGACCGGAGCAUGUUCCUGGCGUCCGAGGACAGCUCCAUGAUGAAGCAAAUUCAGGAAAUUCAUCGCCCAGAUGGCCGUGAAAUAGACGUCAAACCUCUUCUUCAACUUGUAGAGGAUAUCCUUAGCCGCGCUUCCAUGUUGCCUACUCAGGAGAUGAUUGUGCCGGGCAUGGACAGAAGCCAGGUGGAGGACAAAUCCAAUCAAGCAGUGGUCAUUUCCAUGCUCGAGGGGCUGGCCUACGUAGUUGAUCGGAUCUCGAUCCAGAUAGCAUUUAACUCUUUCUCUGGCAUAGACGGGCAUGAGACGACCGUCUCUCUACUUAAGAUGCUAGCCAGCUAUCCAUGGGAUGCUAAGCUUGUGCUGACCUUAGCGGCCUUUGCUUUGAACUACGGAGAAUUCUGGCUCCUCGCCCAGAUUUACUCUUCAAACCAACUCGCCAGAUCAGUGGCAAUUCUUAGACAAUUGCCGGUGAUCAUGGAGCACUCCGGCACACUGAAACCCCGGCUUGAUGCUCUUAACGUUCUGAUUAAGGCCAUCUUGAACUUAGCCAGGGUCGUUUCCGCUUUCAAGGGGCUACCGCCGACAUAUAUUACACAGGAUGUGCCCGCCAUGUCCGCCGCUAUGGCCACCAUGCCAACCGCCGUCUACUGGUCCAUCAGAAGCAUCAUCGCUUGUGCUGCACAGAUUGCAAGCCUCAGUAGCAUGGGCCAUGAGUUUUUAGUAACCACCACAGAGUCUUGGGAGCUCUCGACCUUAGCUCAUAAGAUCAACAACAUACAUGACCAUCUUCAGAAGCUACUAGAUAUUUGUUACAGUCUUAUGGAGGAAAAGAGAGACGCCGAAGCUUUUGAGUCAUUGGUGCACAUCUUGGACAUGAUCCACAUAGAUAACAUGAGAGUUCUUAAGGCAUUAAUUUACACCAAGGACGACAUUUUACCACUUUAUGAUGGAAGUGCGAAAAGAAGGGUUAGCCUUGAAGUUCUGAGGAGGAAGAACGUGUUGCUACUCAUAUCUGGGCUUGGGAUCUCUCAGGAUGAGCUUUCAAUUUUGGAGCAGAUUUAUAGAGAGUCUCGAACACAUGCAGUGAGGAUGGACACUCUAUACGAGGUUGUGUGGAUCCCAAUUGUGGAUCCCUCUUUGCAAGGGACAGAUUUUAUCCAAAAGUUCGAGAGCCUACAAUCCACAAUGCCUUGGUACACAGUGCACCACCCAUCGAUUAUUGAUCGAGCUGUGAUAAGGUUCGUGAGGGAGAAGUGGCACUUUAGGAACAAGCCCAUCCUGGUGGUUCUCGACCCACAAGGAAAAGUGGUGAGCCCCAAUGCCAUCCACAUGAUGUGGAUUUGGGGAAGCAAUGCCUUUCCCUUCACCAGUUUCAGGGAAGAAGUGCUUUGGAAGGAGGAGACUUGGAGGCUUGAGUUGCUCGUUGAUGGCAUUGACCAAACAAUUCUGGACUGGAUCAAAGAGGGAAAAUACGUAUUCAUGUAUGGAGGGGAUGACAUUGAGUGGAUCCGGAGAUUCACAACCAGAGCAAAGGCGGUGGCGAAAACUGUUGGAAUACCACUAGAGAUGGUAUACGUCGGAAAGAGUCACAAGAAGGAACCAGUCCGGCGGGUGACCACCAUCAUUGAAGCCGAGAAUUUGAGCUACGCAUGGCAGGAGCUAAUGGUAUGGUUCUUCUGGACCCGGUUGGAGAGCAUGCUCUUCUCCAAGAUUCAGCUCGGGAAAGUCGACGAACACGACCAGAUGAUGCAAGAGAUAAAGAAGCUUCUCAGCUACGACAAGAGCGGAGGCUGGGCGGUGCUCAGCCGGGGAUCGGAGGUCGUCGUCAACGGCCAUUUCACCACCAUGAUGUCCACCGUGGUGGAUUUCGACAAAUGGAAGGAUCGUGUGGAACUUGAUGGGUUUCCUACCUCGUUCAAAGGUUACCAUAACAAGCUUCUGAUGGAUACUCAUCCUUGCAGCCGCUUCGAGUUUCCGAUCACUGCCGGGAGGAUCCCGGAUAAUCUGAAAUGCCCCGAGUGCCAGCGCUUCAUGGAGAAAUUCCUCACCUUUAUUUGCUGCCACGAUGAAGAUGCCAUAGCCGCUCUCUACUGAUGAUAUGAAUAAAGCUUUUGCCUUACUAUUACCAUAUAUAUAUAUACAACCAUAUAUAAUAAGAUUUGUGUGAAAUGUAGCGCCAAGGCCCUCACUUCUUGGCUUUGACAAUGUUUGUUUGUUUUAUAUUUAAUGUUGUCAAAUAAAGACACUUUUGUGUGUACCUUAUGAUCAUAUAAAUCUCAAUUUUCAU